GCAAAUAUCGCAUUGUUUAUGUUUCCAGUAUUUAGCGAUAAACAUAAUCUCUGGAAAUAAAUGUGCAUCAACAACAUAAUUGCAAAUCAAUACUAAAAAUAUCAACUCUGCAUAUUUACACUCAAACAAAGGAACUUAGAAAUUUUGUUCUUGUCAGUUUAGAAGUUGUGAAUUAUAGAUAUUAAGGAGUGUUGUGGGAUUGUGUUGUGAAAUAAGUUUUAAUAACAUUUAAUAGUGAAAUCAUUAUCGCAUUAUUUGUACUGUAAAACGUGUUUCUUAAUUAAAUUUAAAUGAUAAUAUGAGGACGUCUAAUAUGGAAGAUAAUAGUUCGUACGUUUUGAUAUGUUGAUGAAUUGUCUAGAUAAAAGCAAAAGUGGAUAUAAGCGAAGAAAAGAAACAAUAGAAAUUUUAACCAUACAUAUGUGUCUGUUCACACAUUAAAUGGACCCUGUUUUGCGUUGCAGUAAGAUUUGUGUAGCUUGCAUUGACAUGAAGUCAGCGAUUUAAGGAAGUUGCUAUUAAUUAAAAAAUUCUGAAUAUCAGAAUACAUAAUACGUUCUUAAGCAAACUGUUAAUUAAAGUUAUAAGUUAACGAUUAUUACAAGUUGUUAUUGGUAAUAAUUAAUAUUAUUUAACAAAAAAGUUUGCGGAAAAGCGAAGAAAAAAAGAAAACGUAUUAAAAAAAUGCAACAAGAAUCCAGUGAAGAAAGUUGGCUAGAAGAACAGUGUCAUCGUGAGAUAAACGCCCAACACGACGAAAACGAACGUGAAUAUGUCAGACAUCGGGAUAGUUCCUUGGGUACCGUUUGGGGUGCAUUUCAAGAGUCGGCAACUGCGGUAGCUCAUCUUUACAGAGAGCGUUCUUCUGUAACCUAUUCCGAUACAGGCGCGCUAUGGCUUCCAUUUCAAACUGCUGCUGGAACAGUCACAACACUUUAUAAAGAAUCUUGUGAUGGAUUAAAACGAACGAAUGAAGCUGCAAUACAAUGUGGAUACCAAAGACGCACACGUGAAUUAGCUGAUUGGGCGCGUAGUAAAAAGCGACGUAUGAUACGUCGUGAAGAUUUGUUAGCCUAUUUGGCUGGUAAACCUUUACCGCCAUUAUCAACAUCUCAUUUAAAUCGUCGUUCGCCUAAACCUGAGCAAGUACAUGCUCAUUCACACUCAAAUUCUGGAGGUUUAUAUUCGCCUAAUAUCUUACAUCAUACUGGUCAACAUGGACAACACCAAAUUCCUUCAACAAUGGAUUCAAAUAAUGAUCUACAUACUUUUAAGGAGGCACUAGUAUUAAGACCACGUGGUCCUGAGCUUUUGGCAUUCGUUGCUAGUGAAAUAGCACGUCAUUGUAAACGCCCAGCAAGUCCGAUAGAUGACAAAAUGGAUGUCUGCCAUUUUAGUAGUAAGCGUCAACGUUUUAUGUAGAAGUAUAGGAAUAAACAGGAGUAUAUGAACAAACUACACUCAACUAUAAUACCAAACUAGUUCUAUACAUUAUGAUUAAGAUCAUAAACUAUACAUAAUAUAAGCGCCAACAUAACGUCAUUAUUUUUUUGUAUUGGGGAUAAUGUAACUUUAAAUUUUUCCCUGCUAUGAUAUAACAUCAAAAUAUUCAACAUUAAUUUAAGGAGAUGAAAUAACAUUAUUUUUUAGUAAUUUUUUAAAAAGUAAUACAAAAAUAGGUAGAGGUGAUAUAUAAGUUUAAGUACUUCUUUUGCCUAAAAGCAUUUGCGUACUUCACACAUAUGUGUAAAAAAAUAUAUUGAUUUUUUCUCGAUAUUGUCUCAAAAAUAAAAACAGUCG